AUGGAUGAAGCUGAGCAGGACCAGUAUGAAGCUCGCCUCAAGGAGCUCUUUGACAGCUUUGACAGCACAGGCACGGGCUCCCUGGGCCAGGAGGAGCUCACUGACCUCUGCCACGUGCUGCACCUGGAGGAGGUGGCCCCAGCCCUGCAGCAGACCCUGCUCCAAGGAAACCUCCUAGGCAGGGUCCACUUUGAUCAGUUUAAAGAAGCACUUAUCCUCAUCUUAUCCAGAACCCUGUCAAAUGAGGAGCACUUCCAAGAACCAGAUUCCUCCCCGGAAGCACAGCCCAAGUACAUCAAAGGUGGCAAACGCUACGGGCGCCGUUCCCUGCCGGAGUUCCAGGAGUCCCCGGAGGACUUUGCUGAGGUGACAGUCAUCGAGCCACUGAGCGAGGAGCCUGCCCACAUUGCUGCCAGCCAGGAGCACUGGAAGACGCGAGGCAGCGAGGAGUACGAGGCCGAGGGGCAGCUGCGCUUCUGGAACCCAGACGACCUGAACGCCUCCCCUGGGACCUCCCCGAGCCCAGACUGGAUUGAGGAGAAGCUCCAGGAGGUGUGUGAGCACCUGGGCAUCACCAGGGAUGGCCACCUGAACAGGAAGAAGCUGGUGUCCAUCUGUGAGCAGCACGGGCUGCACGCGGCGGCCGGCGAGGUGCUUGAAGAGGUGCUCCAUAACCUGGAGCAAGAUGGGACCAUGAGCAUAGAGGAUUUCUUUUAUGGCCUGUUUAGAAAUGGGAAAUCCCUCACCCCCUCCGCAUCCACUCCGUACCGGCAGCUGAAACGCCACCUCUCCAUGCAGUCCUUCGACGAGAGCGGCCGGCGCACGACCACGCCCUCGGCCAUGCCCAGCACCAUCGGCUUCUCCCUCUUCUCCAGCCUGGAUGAUGGCAUGGGCUAUGGCUGUGUGGAGGGGGUCCUGGACUGCUGGCACCAGGAGGGCAUAGAGAACAGCCAGGAGAUCCUCAAGGCUCUGGACUUCAGCUUGGAUGGGAAGGUGAACCUGACGGAGCUGACGCUGGCGCUGGAGAACGAGCUGCUCAUCACCAAGAAUGGGGUGCACCAGGCAGCCCUGGCCAGCUUCAAAACAGAGAUCAGGCACUUGAUGGAGAGGUUUGACCAGGUGGCCAGGGAGAAGGAGAAGCUGCGCUCGGACCUGGAGAAGGCAGAGAAGCUGAAAUCCCUGAUGGCCUCAGAGGUGGACGAUCACCACGCGGCCAUCGAGCGCCGCAACGAGUACAACCUCAGGAAGCUGGAUGAGGAGUACAAGGAGAGAAUCUCUGCUUUGAAGAACGAGCUGCGCAGGGAGCGGGAGCAGAUCCUGCAGCAGGCCAACAAACAGAGGCUGGAGCUGGAGCAGGAGAUUGAAAAGCUGAAAACGGAUGAGAAUUACACCCGGGACCGCCUGGGCCUGGCCCUGAAGGAAAACAGCCGCCUGGAAAACGAGCUCUUGGAAACAGGAGAGAAACUGGCUGAGUGUGAAAGUCUGGCAAACAAACUGCAGAGGAACUUGGAAAAUGUCCUGGCUGAGAAGUUUGGUGACCUGGAUCCCACCAGUGCAGAGUUUUUCCUGCAGGAGGAGAGGCUGGCCCAGAUGAGGAGCGAGUACGAGCAGCAGUGCAGGGAGCUGCAGGACCAGAUUGAUGAGCUGCACUCAGAGCUGCAGGAGUUCCGUGCCCAGGGCAAAGUGCUCAGGCCUGCCCUGAGAAAUUCCUUGUCAGAGGAGUUUGACAUUGACAUGAAGAGCCAUGGCACCAGUGGGAUUGAGCCUGACCAAGGGCUCGGUUCAGAAGACUGCAACCCAUUAAAUAUGAGCAUAGAGGCAGAAAUGGCCAUUGAGCAGAUGAAGGAGCAGCACCACAGGGACCUGCAUCACCUCAAACAGGAGCUUGAAGACACAGUGAGCCAUUAUGAAAAGCAGCUGGAUGAGACAAAAGCCCACUGGGAAAAGGAGCAAGAGGAUCUGAGGCAGAAGUGUGCUGAGGAGAUGAAUGCCAUGGAAAAGGAGAUCACUGGCCUCAAAAAUCAAAUAGCAGAGCUGCAGGGAGAGGCAGCAGCGCUCAGAGAGCAGCAGGAGAAGCUCAACUGCAAACACAACGAGGAGAAAAACAAAUUACAGCUGCAUUUUGAUGAGGAGAAAGCCAAUCUGCAGGAAGUGCUGAGGCAGGAGCAUGAAGAUGAUGUCAGGGCCAGAGUGGAGCAGCUGAAGGAGAAGUCCAGGCAGGACCGGGAGGAGCUGAUGCAGAAGAGUGCCUGGGUGGAAGAGAAGAUGAGAGCUGUGGUGCAGAGCCUGCAGGAGGAGAAGGGGGAGCUGGAGCAGGGCUUCCAGGAGCAGCUGCAGAGGCUGGCGGAGCUGCACGCCCUGGAGAAGGACGAGCUCCAGCAGGAGCUGCUGAGGAAGCACCGGCAGGAGCUGGAGGAGGAAAGGUGCGAGGCCGAGAAGCUCCGCGAGGAAAACGCUGUCCUGAAAAACGAGGUCACUUUAUUAAAUGAGGAAGGGAGCGCUUCCAGCCUGAAACUGAGGGAGCUGAAUGGAUCCAGGGAAGAAAUGAGGCAGAAGAUAGAGGCUGUGAGGAAGGAGAAAGUGGCUGUGCAGAAGAUGGUGGACAACCUGAAAAAGCAGGUGGCUGAUCUGAAGACCAGGAACCAACAGCUGGACUCUGAAAAUACAGAACUCAGCCAGAGGAACUCCAAAAGCCAAGCAGAUGUGCAGGACCUCAAUCAACAGCUGGCACGGGUGCUCAAGCAGAAGGAAAGGGAAGAGGGGAAGUGUACCCUGGAAGAAUGGGAAAAGGAGAGGCUGCUGCUGAAAGAGGAGCUGGAGAGCUCCAAAAUCGAGUCCUCAAAUAUGGUGUCAUCUUUGGAGAUGGAUUUGUCAAAAAUGAAGGUCCAAGCUCAUCUACUGGAGCAGGAGAACCACAUCCUCAAGCAGGAGCUGGAGAAGACAAAACAGCUGCCCAGAUGCCCUGAUCUUGCUGACCUUCAAAAUGAAGUUGCAAGUUUGAUCACUAAAAAUGAAAAGCUGCAGAAGGAGAAAGAAGCCCUGAGUGAGGAGCUGAACAGAUGCAUUGAAAAGGUAGCUCGGGUCAGCUGCCUGGAGAGUGCAAUGGGCACCUUGAAGCAGGAGCAGAAAUCCUGGGAGCAGCAGAGUCAGGCACUGAAAGCACAGCUCAGCCUCUCCCAGGACAAGGUUCAGAGCCUCAGUGAAACUCUGCAGAGCACCAACCUCCAAAUGUCGCGGCUGAAAUCCGACCUGCAGCUGACGCAGCAGGAGAAGGAAAGUCUGAAACAAGAGGUGAUGGCCCUGCACAAACAGCUGCAGAGCACCAGUGAAAAGAACCUGGUUCUGGAAGUGGCUGUGCCUCCCUCAGGGCUGCAGGAGCAGCAGGGGCCCAUCCCCUGGGAUGAGCAGGAGCAGAGGCUGCUCAGGCAGGACAACGAGAGGCUGCAGAGGGAAGUGCAGAGCACAAAAACAGACCUGGCUCACUCCAGGGAAAAGAUCCGACAGCUGGAAUCCACAAUCCUCUCCCUAAAGCACCAAAAGCAUCAAAGCCAGGCAGGGAUUGUCAAAGCCAUGGAGCAGGAGAAGCUGAGCUUGAAGAGGGAGUGUGAGCAGCUUCAGAAGGAGCUGUCAUCUGCAAACAGGAAGGUGAGUCAGAUGAAUUCUCUUGAACGUGAACUGGAGAGCAGCUCAGAAAAUGAAGGGCUGAGAAAAAAGCAAGUCAAGCUGGAUGAUCAGUUAAUGGAGAUGCUCCAGGCCAGGGGGAUGCAUAGCCAGAGCUCCCAGCAGCAAGGCUGUGCCACGGUGCCCAGGGAACAAUUCCUGCAGCUCCAGCAGCAGCUGCUGCAGGCGGAGAGGAGGAGUCAGCACCUCCAGGAAGAGCUCCAGAGCAGACCCUCGGCGACAAACAUGCAGCAGGAGGGUCAUGAGCAGCUCCUAAAAAUGAUGGAAGAGAGAAUGAUGGAUGUGGAGCAGAAAUUAAGGCUUGUGAAGAGGCUUCUCCAAGAUAAAGUAAAUCAGCUGAAAGAACAACUUUCCAAGAACACCAAGGCAGAUGCCAUGGUCAAGGAUCUCUACGUGGAGAACGCGCAGCUGCUGAAGGCUCUGGAGGUGACAGAGCAGAGGCAGAAAACUGCAGAGAGGAAAAAUUAUUUACUGGAAGAGAAAAUUGCCAACCUCAACAGAAUAGUGAAGAAUUUGGCCUCCCCCUCCUUCAGCCCAGAGAUCAGGUCAUAGCAAAGCUGCUGUGUGUCCCAGCCCCUGCACUUUACUGAAAUGGGAG